GUUUUCGGAGGACAAUGAAGGCGUCAUGAAGCCCAAUCUGAUUUCUAAUUGUCUCCGCCAUUUCCCUUCAAGCUAACACACUUCGCUAGGGUUUGUAAUCGAGGAAAACUGAUAAUUUUAUCAGGAACAAUGGCAUCCAAAACCCUAAUUCGAACUGGAGCUUCACUGAUGAACCGCAUGUUCUUGUCGAAUCCGAUUCUCCACCAAAAUGCUAACGUCAAUGCUCAAUUUGUAUCUCACAGUUUUGAAAUCACUCCUCAACUCUUCCCUACGCUCUCUAAAUUGCAAACCUCUAUCCAUUUGCCCCAAAAUGAUGCCCAUUCCGUUACUAGACUUUCCAAGGAAGAGUUUUUUCAUCCCUGUGGUCUCCCUUCUCUUCGCUUCUUCUUGCCGGACGGUGAUUCAAGUGAGCCGAUGCUCUUAUUCCCUAAAAGGACAUUUCAGCCUAGCCUCAUCAGGCGUAAGAGAAAUCAUGGUUUCUUUGCACGCAAGGCAACCAAGGGUGGUAGGAGAGUCAUUGCUCGAAGAAUAGCAAAAGGUCGGUCAAGGAUUACUGCUUAGCAUUUGUAAUGCCAUUGCUGCAGUAAAAGUUUCUGCACGCGGAAGCUGCCUUUGUUCAUGGUAUGACUAAGGAAAUUAGAAAAGACAUUUUCUCCAUGUGGUGGCUCAGCCUACCCCUAAUACCUUGUAGGAUUACAACGCCGUUUACAUCUUUCAUUUGCUUACUUUAUGAUUUCCUCUUCUAUAUAAAAUGUUUGUAUGAAUUCUGAUGAAACUGGACAAUUUUAUGAAGAUAAAUGUAUCUUAAUAUGGUCUGU